UCAAAAAGAUCCUCCAUAUAUAUCAUACUGAAUAAUCCAAAUUUAAUCGAAAUUGUUGAAGCAUUUUCCGAGAUCUGUCGAAUAAACAAACACAAGUAGUAUUGAUAGAAUCGGAUCAAUUUGUAAUGGAAGCAAUUGAAAAUAGUAUUAUUGAAAUUUGUGAAAAUUAGAACGUAAUAUUUCAUUUGCUGGCUGCCUAGCAUAGGCUACGGAAAGCUUGAAUUUUUUCAACCGAUGGACGAGGUGAGGAUCUUUCUCAGGGUUGGGAACUGCCUAGCUUGCAUCCCAGCCUGGGAAAGAUAGUUUCCAUCCACUCGUCCCAUCAACAGUUUCCGGCUCUUCUUCCCCCCCUGCCGUAGUCUAGUUUUCCACGUGUAGGCCUAGGAAGAGUCGGACCUGAGACAAAAAUUGCAUUCUUUCCGUGCACUCUUCUUUUAACCGUUGAAGCGAACGGAGCGCGCUCAGACACAAAUUCUUUUCGGGAGUGUGGAUCACCCAAAUCAUCAUCUAAUGGAUUUCUUCAACGUCUUCAUUAUGGAUGGCGACAGUUACUGUUAAAAAGGAGGAGGAGGAUGAUAGCAGCCAGCAACCAGCUGCAGUGGAUGAUGAUUGCAGCCAACAACAUUAUCUAAUCCCUGGCUACAACUUGAUCUUCAUCAAAGAGGAUGCAUAUGAUGAGCAAGAUGCUGAGGGUAGUUCAGUGAAGAGUGAACCAGAACCAGAGAAGCGGCCUUCAAACUGCAAAUCUGGCCGAGACUAUGCAACAGAAGUGGGUGGACUGAAUGAGCAUUCAAACUCUCCAGUGGAAAAGUGCACUGAGUCAUCUGUGGCUGACACAAAUACCAAGCUGUACAGCUGUGCUAACUGUAGCUAUAAAACGCCAAAGGUUGCUAAUUUAAAGAGACACAUUCGGACACACACGGGAGAAAAAUUUUUCAGCUGCGAGUUUUGUGACUUUAAAUGUGCUCAGUUAGGUCAUCUGAAAGAACAUAUCAAAACACAUACAGGAGAAAAACCCUUCAGUUGUGAGUUUUGUGACUUCAAAAGUGCUCAUUCAAGUAGUUUGAAAGGACAUAUCAGAACACAUACUGGAGAAAAACCUUUCAGCUGCGAGUUUUGUGAUUUCAAAAGUUCUUCUGUAGCUGUUAUGAAAAAUCAUAUCAGAACACAUACUGGAGAAAAACCUUAUAGUUGCAAAUUUUGUAACCAUAAAUGUGCUCAGUUAGGUAAUUUGAAAGCACAUAUGAAAAAACAUACAAGAGAAACACUUUUCAGCUGCGAUUUCUGUGACUUCAAAAGUAUUCAGUUAGAUAGUUUGAAAAAACAUAUCAGAACACAUACUGGAGAAAAACCUUUCAGCUGUGAGCUUUGUGACUUCAAAAGUGCUCAUUCAAGUAGUUUGAAAGGACAUAUCAGAACACAUACUGGAGAAAAACCUUUUAGGUGCGAGUUUUGUGACUUCAAAAGUUCUACCUCAAGUUAUUUGAAAAGACAUAUCAGGACACAUACGGCAGAGAAGCCUUUCAGUUGUGAGUUUUGUGACUUCAAAAGUGCUCAUUCAGACAGUUUGAAAGAACAUAUCAGAAGACAUACAGCGGAAAAACCUUUCAGUUGCGAGUAUUGUGACUUCAAAAGUGCUCAUUCAGGUAGUUUGAAAAUACAUAUCAGAACACAUACAGGAGAAAAACCUUUUAGUUGCCAGUUUUGUGACUUCAGAAGUGCUAGCUCAGGUAAUUUGACAAAACAUAUCAGAACACAUACAGGAAAAGCGACUUCUAGCUAAGUGAGUCCUUCAUAUGAGCCUACUAGAACCAAAAAGGGCAAUCUUAGUAAAUUUUCCAGUAGAAGCAAAUUUUCUGUUUCCUUAUUUGUAAUAGAGUAUAAGGGCUGAUUUUUUUAUUGUUUUGUUGUAAUGUUCUAUUAACAAUUACAACAACAUUUCAAUUAAUAAGACAGUAGUAUUUUAGAUUUUUAGCAAAUAAAAUUGGAGAUUGCUCUUUCUGGUACCAAAUAUUUUUAUAUAGUGGAUAUUGUCUUUUUAGUUAGGUCAUUUGAAAGAACAUAUCAAAACACAUACAGGAGAAAAACCCUUCAGUUGUGAGUUUUGUGACUUCAAAAUUGCUCAUUCAAGUAUUCUUCUUUUACUGGAAUUGUAUUAAUAUAUUUAAAAAGAAAAGGACUUUGCGAAUUAUGAUCCCUAUUGCUGUAGAAUCUACUGUGAAACUGUUGAAUGUCUUUCAUUGAGAGUGUGCCACAUCUAAACGAUUUAGUAAUAUGCUUCUCUUUACAUUUCGAGGCUGUUGGCAAAUCUUUUGCAGUGUACCUGUUGGGUAAAUGAAUUUUCAGUGAUCUUAUAGAUUGUUUGAAUGAUUGUGUAAGCAGUAUUCUCUUGGUCAACCCAUUCUACCGUAUCAUCAACUAUCAAGCUAAGGAGAAGGAGUGUUGCACUCAGAAUAAUAUUAUUUCACAGUAUCAAGUAGUAGUACAACUAGUAUUAUUCUUACAGUAUCAAAUUAAUAUAAGUUCUAGACAGGUUACAGUACCUUUGCUUUUUAACAAUGGGUUUUCCACUUAUCUGACUGGUGACUUCUCUUCCGAGCUUUUGAUGGAGACACAAGAAUCACUACAUGUGUUUCAGGAUCCAUAGAUCCACUAAGUUUUACUCUUGGCUCUAAGUUUCUACUCUUAAUAAUAAUUAAUUUAUUUAGCGUAUGGCAUUUUUUGUCAAAUUUUUAAAAUUUCACACUUUUAUAAGUGCACAUCAAGGGAUGAAAUAUACUGUAUUGCCUGGGGACUGGCUACAGUGGAGUCGUUAGCCUCGCCCAGGUAGGCACGUCUCUCACACUCAAAUAUAAUGUGGUGCACUGUCUGCUCCAUCGCCCCACAGUCACAUACUGGGGAGUCUCCAAGUCACCAUUUGAAAAAUGACGCAUUGCAUCUCUCAUGCUGGGUUCGAAUUCUGUUGAGUAUCACCCAGAUGCGCCGGGGGAGCUCAAAACCAGGAGGCCUAGUGCAUGAGAAAUAGCUCUCCGGUAUUCCGGGGGGCACCUCCUCUAUCCAUCUUCUGUUCAGAGAGAACCUCUCAUCUCUCAAUUGCUCUGCCAUCCUGACCGCUGGCCUUCUGGACUUCAGCUCCCUUCUAUAUAAAUCCGGAAUGUCCUGAUGGAUUGGAAGUAGAUGAUUGGACGAAAUCCUUUCAUAGAGCCUAAGGAGAGCUUGUGCUCUGCAAAGAGGAGGUGGGGGUAUGCUGCUGAGCACUGGGAGCCAGGGAACUGGAGUGGAUCGUAAGGCUCCUGUAAUUAUUUGAAUUGAAUUAUUCAGUUGCACAUCUACAAGGUGAGUGUGACAACUGUUGAUCCAGGAAGAUGCACAGUACUCAGCAGCAGCAUACACCAGGCCCAGACUAGAGCACCUCAGAGUUGAGGAAGAUGAGCCCCAAGUUGUGCCACAUAGUUUCCUAAUGAUGUUGUUUCUUGUCUUCAACUUGGCUGCUACAUUCCUACAUUCCUGCUGUCCAGGGUGAUGCCAAGAUAUUUCGGAAACUUAUUAUGUUUCAAGGCAGCACCAUUCAUAAGGACUUUCAGCUCAGCAUUUGCUAGUUUAUUGCUUAGAUGGAAGGCUGAUACUUCAGUUUUCCCAGGGCUGGGGCACAGCCUCCACUUCGAACAGUAGUCUGUCAGUACAGCCAAGUUACUUGUUAGUGUCUCCUCUCCAGUCUCAAGGUCACUACUCUGUGUAGCCAAAGCCAAAUCAUCUGCAUAUGCAAAUACUCUGGACCUGACUCUUGGCAGGUCUGAGACAUGAAGGUUGAAAAGGAGAGGAGCCAAGACAGAUCCUUGUGGCAGACCGUUGUCAAGCCUUUUUGUUCGACUCAUCUCAUGCCCAAUCAACACCUGGAGGGAUCUGUUUUUCAGCAUAUUGUUAACAAGUCUUACUGUAUGUUGACAUGGAAUGAUUUGCAACAUUUUAUAUAUUAGACCUUCUCGCCAGACUGUAUCAUAUGCUGCCUUCAGAUCGACAAAAGCUACAGCUGUUUUUUUCUGUCUCUGAUAUCCAGCCUCAAUGAAUGUUGUCAGUGCCAGGACCUGGUCCUCACAGCUGCGCUCUGGCCUAAAGCCUGCUUGCUCGAUAGGGACUAUCUCAAGGAUUGCUGUGCUUAUCCUACUAUAAAGCAGUCUUUCUAGUAAUUUAUAAGCAGAGCUAUUGGCUGAUAGCUUUCGACCUGGUCAGCCAUCUUUCCAGGCUUCAAGAUUGCUACAAUUUUUGACUUUUUCAUAGCAUGUGGGAUCUUUCCAGUGGCAAGUAUGUCUGAACAGAACCGGCUCAACCAUCGCCUGGUGUUUUUCCCAACAUUGAGUAAGAAUUCGGGGUGAAUUCCAUCGAACCCAGGAGCUUUACUAGGUUUCAUGUCCCUCAGAGCAUUUUCUAUGUCUGCAACACUGAAUGGAGUAGAGAAAUGUGGAUUUGGCAUAACUCUCUCCCUAAGGAUCUUCAAUUGUCUUCUUAUCUCAUCAGUGUGCUCCAAAUUGUGGUUCACCCUGGAAGUUCUAAUAAUGUGCUCAGCAACCAAUUCAGGCUUCACUUCAGUUCCUUGCCUGGUUGGCUUUCUAGCUGCACCAAGUAUUCUUAAUAAGCUCCAUGCUUGUCAACUAGAAUGUUUAAAAUCAAGCCUUCCCACUGUUUUAUCCCAUCGGUCUCUUCUUGCACCAUCCAGCUCCUUCAGAAGCUCCUCAGCAAUGCGUCCAUUUCCACUCUCAUUGAAUCUUUUGUAGAGGUUGUUGCAUUCAUCAUUCCAGCCAGGUAUAUAUUCUCUUCUGUAUCCCCUUGGAAUGUGUUUCUUGGCUAUUGCAAUUACUGCACCAACAAACCUCUGGUAACUAUCCUUGGUGGCAGGUAUCCAUUGUACAAACUUGUCAAGAUCUGCUGCAUAGUCAUUCCACCUGGCUUUAGAGAAGUUCCAUCUCGGUCGCUGCACUUAGUUAAUCAGGGGAAUCUGGAUGCCUAUGUCAAUGAGAACAGGCCGGUGCUGACUAUGAGGAAAAUCAGGUAAAACAGAUCGAAUUACAGGCAGUGGUUGUCCAGAGCUAUUUCUACUAGUGAAGCACAAGUCAGGAUUAUAGUCUCUUCCCCAUGCAGCUGAUCUGAAGGUCCCUCUGUCCUUGCCAGCAAAAACUAGAUACAUAUUGCUCCUUUCUGCCCAUUCAACAAGGGACGUGCCACAGCUAUUAUUCUGACUAUAGUUCCAUGCAUCAUGGUGGCUAUUAAAGUCUCCAAUGAAUAUGCAUGGAUAAUCAAGUUGUGGCAAGACCUGGACUGGCCACUCCACUGCAGGGGGCUUAUACACAUUAACUAUGGACAGGUCGUCUAUAAUUAUUAAUAAUAAUAAUUCACAAUUAUUGAAACACUGAAAGCCUAUAAUAACUCCAUAUUCAAUGGAAAUAUAGUGAUUUGAUAGCUGGAAUCAGACAACAAUGAACAAUGAAUGCAUGUAAAACAAAACAUAACCUCGAACUUGAACAGCUGGAACAGUGGUCACGUGACAGCUUCCUUCCUGCUGGUUGGCUGGAAUGGAGUUUGUCUCUUAUGAUUCCAACACUCGGUGGAGAUUGUCUCUUUUUAAAAAAAACACGAUUUUUGGAGCCAAUUUUAACAUGGAUCUUGUAUUUUUUCAUAGUAUCUGUGUUGAGCAUUGGAUAGAGCGCCUAUCUAUACAUAGAAUGGAACAAAAACAUGAAAAUGCAAAAAAGGUGGAGAUUGCUCUUUUUGGACCUAAUAGGCUCAUAUAUGAAGAAUUAUUGAUUAAUAAUGUAAUUUUUAAUAAUUAUAUUAUUUAUUAUAUGAUUUAUUGAGAAAUAAAUUCAUUAUUCAUUCAUUAAUGUGAUAACCAUGGCUUAUUAUUGAUUUAGUGAGCCACAAAUGGCAACCACGUGCUCUCCUAAAAUUUAAAAAUUGUAGAUUUCUAUUAUUUGUUGUAACACGUGCUCUGGACAUAAUAUGGAUGCUCAAAGAGCUAGAAUAAUAAAAAGAACCGUUUCUCAAAACUAUUGAGAAUACAUUUGAAUAGCCUACCUAGCCAGACGACAGUGGUAUUCUUUUCAAAAUAGUUUGAAACAGAAUCAAUUCUUUCAUAGAAACUUGCUAAUAGUAUUCUUAACACUAUUCACAGACACGUUUACAAUAGAAACCACAUGACCCACUGUGUUUUGUGUUGACCCUAGCUAUAGCAUAAGAUGGCAGGUAAAUGUAGAUUGUGUAUAGCAAUGUAGAUGUAAAGUUAGGAGAGAAGUGAAAUAUAGAUAAAUGAUGUAGUUUACAAUGUUACCACGUGGUUAGCAUAUGCUACAAUUUUACCACAUGGUUAGCAUAUGAAGUAAUUAUAUUAUUAUUGAAGCAAUUAUCUGAAUAAACAUGCUAUGAGUAAAUGUAUUUAUAAAUUAGGUCAUGAAGUUAGGCUAUGUAUAAAGUAUUCAAAAACUAUAUGUUGUACCUACAAUGAUUAUAAUUUAAUAAUUAUUAAGUUAGUUGAAUCCGGAUUCUUAUGCUAAGG